UGACAUCAUGGUUGUAAGCUGAGUCAUUAUAAGUCAUAAUAAGUAAAUACUUACGGCCUGAGCGCUAAAGAAUGUUGUCAAACGCCAAACCGAACACCGAAAGUCGGUAACGCUGAUAAGCGUCUAAGCGUGGCUAUACGAUGAUAUGAUAACUGCCAAGUAUCAAGGUGGAAAAAUAUCAAUCGAUAAAAACUGAUAAUCACCUUGCAGUGUUAACAGUAUUCUUUGUUAUCUUAGCUAUGAUAACCACUCGACACAGACUUCCCUCUAGAACUUCAAUCAAAGUUUAAACUCUAAAUCAACGUUGAAUUAGACUACGAAAAUCGAAUUUGUGUGUUAAUUUUUAAACUCCUCAAGUGGUCGACUGUUCCUCAUUCAACGGAAACAAACAGUUCCAAUACAAAAAUGUCACCAAGGUAGAUUUUUACACAUUACACUAUAACAUUUAGGUAUAUAUCACGAUUUAAGACUUAAUAUUUUAUGUAAAAUCGCGGUGUAAGUAUACGCAUAACAAACAUUAUUGUAUAAAUGUCUAAUAUAUAAACCGUUUAUAACGAUGCAAAAUGUAACAAAAAACAGUGACAGUUUUUAUUUUGUAUCAACUAAUAUGGUUUUACCGCUUUUACUUUUAAUCAGAUAAAAUGAUUAAUCAUUGAUCAAGCAAAAUUUGUGGUUUUCCCAAUUAGUUAUAUUUAUAAAUUUUUAAUAGUGCCAUUAUAAACAGUUACUACACUGUAUUAUUGUAUUUAAGUAUCUAUACCAUUUUGUAAAUAAUUUAAUAAAUUGUAUUCUUAUGUCAAAUAUUAAAUUUUUUGUAUUAAUAUAUUAUUUUGUACUGUAGAAAAAAACGUGGAGGGAUGAGAGGCCGAGGUAGAGGUAGAGGUAUAUCGAAAAGAAGGGGACCAAGACCACGUCAGCCGUCAUUGACAGCAGAUGAUACCGAUGCAGAAGGUACAUCUAACGAUGGCAAUGUAUCUUUUGAGCAGUUACCAUCACAAUCAACAUCAUUACAAGGACAAAGCAAUGCUGAAUAUAACGAAGAAAGGGAACUAUCAUUACCUCGACUUAAACCAACAGCCAUUGGUGAAAAUUCUACUCUUGCAUCAAGUAUAACAAAUUAAAUACAUAUAUAUUUUUAAAUUUAAAAAUGAACAACUAAUGUGUAUCAUGAAUAAAUUCAUAAUUUUAGUAUUGAGCCGUGAUCGAAAAUCUGACUAUAUAAUGUCUGAUGAUGAAAUGGACCACGUUCAAUGGGAACUUGAAUCAAUGUUAACUUCUUUAAUUCUUCACAAGAACACAGUAAAAGAUGAACUCAGUACUUUCGCAUCAAUGCAGUUUAACCGAUCUCAACAAAAAAUAAAUCAAAAUCCUAUGCUUCCUAAAAUUGUAAGUGUGUUUAUUAUAAAGUAAUAUUACCUUUCAUUUAAUUCAUUGACCUUUUAAAGGAAACUAUUUAACUAAUUUUUUAAGGUGUUAAAAAAAUUUACAUUGAUAACUUUAAUUUUAAAAAUAUAAUAGCUAUAUUGCCGUCCUAAGAAAAAACGCCGUAAAUAAGAAAAAAAAAUAAGAAUACUAGAAACAUGUGUAUAACUAUAAUAUUAAACGUAAUACAGUAUUUUUUUUUUCGAUUUACUGCUUUUUUUUUUGGGAUGGCAGUUUGUACACUAUGUAAUUGUUUGUUGGAAACACUCAAUAACUUAACAAAUAUUGAAUAUAUUUGAAUUCUGUUUGUUUUUGGUGCUUAACAAACUUUGUUAUAACUUAUUAAACUAAUUGAACAAUUUUUAUACUAUUUUAUUUCGUGGAUGCGCAUAACAACUUUUUUUUUUUUAAAUGGCAAUCUCACCUUUUUUUGGUUAACUUUUUUUACUUUUAUUUUUUAUGAAUUUCAAUGGUAAAACUAACUUCCUAUGUUAAAAAAUAUGGAUAUUUCAAUGUUUGAUAUAUUUUUUUUUAACAUUUUUGAAAUAUUUAUCAAUUUUAUGGCUUAAAUUAUUCAUUUUUGUACCUCGUGAUAUUUUUUAGUGAUAUUUUUUGUACCUACUUUUGGAAAGUAUCCUUUUCCCCUAAAGAAACUAAUUUUUUUAAGUUUGUCUCCUUUAAUUUUUUUUAGUUCAAAAUUUCAUUUAUUUAUCGUUUUUUAUGACUGGUUUUGUUGAUCAAAAUAAUAAAACUAAUUUUUUGUUUUUCUAAAUUCAGAUAGGCAACAUCCGUCACAUAGUUAUUUUCAAAAGUUAAAAAGGAAUUUACGAAAUACUCAUUCUUUUUCUAAUACAAGAGUUAUUGUUAACCAAUAAUCUAGACGAGUCAAUAAAUUAAGGGAAGAUAUUGAGCUUCAAGUGUUCGCAUACAUAAGAGCAAAUCCCAGAGUUAGUAUGCGUCAUGUCGGCUUUGAAAUAAGUAUUUCUCAUAAUGCUGUUUAUAAAAUUUAAAAAAAAAAAAAAAACAUAAAUUUCAUUCAUACAGACCUAAUUUAGUUUAACACUUAUGCCAAGGUGACGUUGAACGUAGGAUUAUGUUUUUUUCUUGGUUGGUAAUUCAAUUAGAAUACAAUCUUAUUAUUUUAAAAUUACAUAUUAUGGACAGAUAAAUCCAAAUUCUCCAACAACAGUAUAAUAAAUAAACAAAAUAAUCAUUAUUGGUACAAUCAAAAUCCCCAUUGGGUUUUUGAAACAAAAAACCAUUGUGUCUGGGGAACAAAUGUUUGGUGUGGUUUUAUUAGAGAUACAUUGUUGGGACCUUUUUUCUACGAUGGUAUCUAGAAUUUCUAAUGAAUCAACUACCGAUCAUGCUAGACAAUAUUCCUCUUUCAACAAGAAAAAAUUUGAUUUUGCAACAAGAUGGAGCCCCGGCACAUAAUGCAAUUUUCUUGAAGAAUUAUUUAGAUAAAAAUUUUGAAAAUUGUUGGAUAUGAACUAAUGAUAUAAUAAAAUGGCCAACUUAAUCCCCAGAUCUUUCAUCACUAGAUUACUUUUUGUGAAAAUAUCUAAAAAAAGGCGUCUAUGCGAACCCAUCUACUAAUCUUGUUCAUUUGAAAUAAAAAAUUAUUGUGGCAUGUAUAUAACUUACUGAACGGCAAAUUUCAUCUGCAACAAAUAAAGAAUUUCUACGGAAGGCGGAAGGAUGUUUAAAUUAUAAUGGAGAGCAGCUUGAAAAAUUUAUAAGAUGAAUGAAUGUAGUUUUGAACUAAUAAAAAUAAAAAAUUAAAAGACAAUUUUUAAUCACCUAAGGAGACAAACUUAGAAAAAUUAGUUUCUGUAGGGAAAGAGGAUCUCUCCCAAAAGUAGGUACUAAAAAUAUCACUAGAAGAUAUCAUGAGGUACAAAAAUGAAUAAUUUAAGUCAUAAAAUUGAUGAAUGUCAAAGAUGUCAAUAAUGUCAAAAAAAUAAUAUCAAACAUUGAAAUAUCCAUAACUCGUCUAUUUUUUAACAUAGAAAGUUGGUUUUAACAUUAAAAUUAAAAAAAAAAGUUGUUAAGUGCAUGUGCGAAUUUAAAUGGCAUAAAAAUUGUUUAAUUAAUUUAAUAAAUUAUAACAAAGUUUGUUAAGUUAUUGAGUGUUUUCAACAAACGCUUACACACUGUAUAAAAUGAAAAAUUUGUGUUAUUAUUAUUUACUAUACUUGAUAUGGGUAUUUUCUGUGUUAUAAUAGAAUAUGUGAAAAUCAAUAAAAUAUUGAUAGUUAAUGUUUACAGUGUAGUUUAUUUAAUACAAAAAUUAUUUUAAAUAUUUAUAUGCUUUCAGUAUUUACUAUAAAUAACUGAAACUUUGAUUAUGUUAAUUUAUUUAAAUAUUAUAAAUACCUACUUUUAAAAAAAAAUAUAACUAUUUUUAUUAUAUAGAAAUUACAGUUUGUUAUUUUAAUUUUAUUAUAAUUGAAGAUCAUUUGUUCUAUUUUAUUUUUAUAGACACCAAGAGCUGCUGCAGAAAUAUCUCCUGUAAAUGAAUGCCGUAAGAUGAAAAUUGAAUUUGAUCCCACUAGUAAAGUAAGUACUAGUAUGAAAAAUAGUUGAAUUAUUAAAAUAAAUAAUUUAAUAUAAAUUAAUUUUUAGGAACUACCUCCUAACAAAACCGAAUCAGCAAAUAGAUUCUGGUCCCAAGUUGAACCUUUUCUAGCUCGUGUAACUAAGGAAGAUGUUAAAGUAUGAUUAUUUUUAUGGUACAAUAUUGUUUCAUUAAAUUUAUAUGUGUUUAAUUUUUCAGUGGUUAGAAAAUUUGGUAAAAUCAUAUGAUCUUAAUGAUAAAUUGUAUGAAAUACCACCUUUGGGUGAACAUUAUUCAAAGAUUUGGGCCAAAGAAGAGUUGGAAAUGCAAAAAAACCAAUCAUCAUCUUCACCUCGGCCAAAUAAAAAAAUUAAACUCACUGAGCGAAUAACUCCUGAUGUUAUAGAACUAGUGAAUAGAGUAAACUCUGCUUUGUAAGUUGAAUGUUAAAUUGUGGUUGUGUGAAAUGAAAAUAUUACUAAAAUCAACAUUUGAUUAAAAUUUUAAACUUGUGUUUUAAAAAAAAACUUGAUUUAACUAUAUUUUAAGUAUUCAGUAGUUAAUUUUUAAUUACUAUGUUGUAUAAUAGUAAAUUUUUCAUUUUAAUUAUGUAGAUUUUAUAAAAAAUACCAAAAAACUAAUUGAUAAUCCAUAUAACUGUAUUUUUUUUUUAAAUUAUUAAAUUGUAGACAUGAUGGUAUUCCUUCUACACCAGUAUAUCAAAGGGUUGUAAGUGCUCUUAAAGAACAUGCACCAUCAGAGGACACCGAGGAACAUUUUCUGGAAUUUGAUGGUAUUGUUGUUUUUUUACUAUUUCCGUAAACAAUAAUAUGUGUUUGUAUGUUUAUAUAUAUAUAUUCAUAUUUUUUGAUUAAUAAAGAUGAAGACAAACCACAGGAAAUGAACAAUACUUGCAAAGAAUUUUAUGCAGAGCAAAAUGUUAAGAAGCAAUUAAACAAAUUAGGGCUGCUUGGUCGCUAUUCUAAAAUGGUACCACCACCACUACCACCACCACCACCACCACUGCCACCACCACCACCACCACUAUCAUCACAGGAUCUACCUUCUACAUCAGCUAUACCUGAUGAGGUACUUGAAAUUAAAAAUGAUUGUUUGAAUGAUUAUAUUAAUGUGUAUUUUUUUUUUUUUUUUUAAUUUUAAAUUUUUUUUUUUUAGGACCAUGAUGAAAUUUUAGAAGAAAUACUCAAGUGUGAUAGAGAGUUAGCUCAAUUACGAGAAUUAAACAAAAAUAGCUUGACAAAAUUAUUGGAAAAAUGCCACAUAGAUUAUCGUCAACAAAUUAUAAAAAAAAAAAUUGAAGUUGUAAAUGAAAAGGUACAAACGGUUAUUUGUAUAUAAUUAGAUAUAAAAUAUAUCCCUGAAAUAAACUUUAAGACAUUUUAUUUAUUUUGCUAGAAAAAUUUUAAAAAAUAAUCAUAUUAUUGAUUACAGUAUUUUGUUUUUAAAUAACCAAGACAAUAUUUUCUUUAGAUCUGUAUUUAAAGAGUUGUAUAUUAUUUAUUAUGUAGUUAAAGAAAAUAAUUUUAAAAACAUGCAUAAAAUAUUUUUAAAAUAAUAUUCUUUAGAUACGUGUGGGUAAUAAAUAUACUAUUCUAUAUAAUUUCAUCUCCUAUUUUUUAUUAGUAAGUUUAUAUAUUUCUCUCUAUAUCAAAUGCAUAAUCUAGAGAAGGGAGUGAGGUUUGCUGUUCAACAGUCCAAACACUCCUUUUCUCUCACUUUUUAUUGUCUUGUGAUUUCUCACUUAAGGUUCAGUUUAUUAGUAAAUAGCUCUAUGGGUAUUAUAUGUAUAAAAUAAAAUUUUUUUAAAUAGUAACCAAUUAAAUACCUAAUUUAAAUAUUUGUAAAUAUUUUUAUAUUUUUUAAAUACCUUAAUUUCUACCUAUACGUAGAAAUUACAUUUUAUCAACUGUCAAAUAGGUGACAUGUAUUUUUAGUUAAAAAGAUAGGUCCAAUCUAGUACUAUACUAUUCAUUUAGUAUAAAUAUAUACAUUUUAGAACUUGAUUUUAAAUACAAGAAUUUCUGUUAUAUUUAGAUUAUACAUUUUAAAAGAAUGCAAAAUGAAUCAUGGACUAAGGAAAAACAAUUGGCCCAAGCAAAUAAAGAAGACGAAGAAUUGAGUUUUUUAUUAAAUGAUCGCAGUGAUUUACUUAUGCAAUUACAAUCGAUACCAUUUGAUCCUAGUAGCAUUUUAAACCUAUCGGCUUCUGAUGAUUCAGAAUCCAGUGAUGAAGAAUUUGACUCAUCUAAAGUAAUUAAAACUGAAAAAUCUGAACCUGAUGUAAACAUAAAAGAAGAACAUGAUGAUGAAUAUCAAACUGCUAACGAUUUCGAACUUCAUAUUAAACAAGAGGUUAUUGAAGAGAAUAUAGUUUGUGAAGAAGUGAAUGAGGAUAUAAAUAUGGAACUGGUCAUAAAAGGAGAAAUGAAUACUGAAGAGAUGGAACAGAUGGUAGAUGAGACAAACGAAACUGAAAAUAUUAAUGAAGACAAAACCAAUGAAGAUUAUCGAACUGGACAAAAAAUUGAUGAAACAGCUAGUAUUAACUCUGGUCGUUCGGAUACUCUUAGUCCAAACUACUUUGAUAUUGCGAACUCUAGCUGUUUGGAUAAUACUAAUUCUAGCUGCUUAGACAUUGUUACUGAAUGUAUGGAACCAGUUCUUAAUUGUUUAGAUACUGCCACUUGUUUGGAUACUAAUACCUGUUUAGAUAUUGCUAAUAGCUCUUUAGAUACUGUUACUAGUGAUUUAGAGACUGUUACUGGUUUAUAUUCUGCUAGUAGUUUAGAUAAUGAUAGCUGUUUAGAUACUGCUAAUAUUAACAGAAUAGAUAAGAUUAAUGUAGAAGAUAAAGAUAACAGUAAUACAUAUGAACCAGUUAUCAAUCAAAGUUGUAUUGAGGAAAUACAAAGUACCUCGGGAAAUGUACAAACAUCUAAAAUUGAAUUAAAAAAUUCAAUUGAAAUUAAAACGGAACCAGUAGAAUAUGAACAAGAAUUAGACCUUACAGAGAAUAAUGCUAUGAUUGAUGGUAUUAAACGAGAACUAAGACCUCGAAAAUUAAAUGAAACUGUAUACUUUGAACAAUAUAUUGGAUCUUCAAGUGAAGAAAGUGAUUUUACUCUCUCAGAUUAAUGUUCCUAUUUUUAUAUAUUAAUACUAAACUUAAGUAAACAACAACAUAGUUGUAAUAUUAUAAUAUUUUUAAAAAAUGAUUUAAAUUAGAAUUGUUUUUACAUUAAUAUGAUUAACAUUAAAAUAUUUUUUUUUUUUAUUCUAUUCAUAUAGGUUUUUUUUGUAAUAGCCAAACAAUGUUUUGAUUUUUUUUAUUUAUUACUUUAACUUGUUUGUUAUUUGAGACAAUUUUCCUAUAAUUAAAUUAAACAGUGAUAAUAUUUAUCGUUUAUUUGACAAUAAAUUUAUAAGGUAGUUUUGUCGAAUAUAUGAAAUACAAUUAAAAUAAUUAACAUCCCAUUGAUGGUAAUUCAUUCUUAAUACAAAUAUUACAAAUAUUCAUCUGUUGUAUUAAUAUAGUACAAACGUUUUUAUUACCUAUCUACAUAUAAGAUAUAAAUUAAGAAAUUUACUAUGCAC